CAAAAGUUAUCUCCCUUAAAAAUUGGGCUGAACUAUGGACCGUUGAUGUGAUCAUUAAUGUAGAUGUUUUAAGAAGCUUUUCCAGUCGGAUAUAUCAUUACCCUUUAGUCUUUAACACAUUGUCUAUUCAGAACAGAGGAAUACAUGAAAGAAAAAACUGUUUGCCAGUAUAAAUUUCUGUAAAUAUCUUAAAAAAGGAAUGGCUUCAAGAGGUGCUCAAGAAAAUACAAAAUUACGUCAAAAUUUAGAAGAACAGCUUGACAGAUUAGUUCAGCAGUUAGCUGAUCUAGAAGAAUGCAGAGAAGAUUUAGAAGAUGAAGAAUAUGAAGAAACAAAGAAUGAAACAAUUGACCAGUUAAAAGAAUUUAAAGAUUCAUUAGACAAAAUGACAAAAGGCAAUGUCAGCCUGGUAGAUGAACUAAAUGGCAUGCAGUUAGCAAUACAAGCAGCUAUUAGUCAAGCUUUUAAAACUCCAGAAGUUAUUCGUCUCUUUGCUAAAAAACAACCAGGACAAUUGCGGCAAAGAUUAUCAGAGAUUAAAAGAGAUGAAAAAAUUGGUAAAUUACAAAGUGCAAUGGCCACAGCUCAGUGUGUGGAAAUAUUAACAGCUUUAAAGAAACUAGGAGAAAGUUUGAGUCCUGAGGAGGAAAUGUAUCUACAGAACAAUUCUAGUGCUAGUCUUAAACAAUUUGAACAAGUAUCAGGUGACUUGGCUGCUGGUGACAAAGUUUUAGAUGUAGCAGGUUCACAAGUUAAAGAUGCAGACAGAUAACACAUUUUAAAUUAUGGACAAAGACUGCAAUAUAUACAUUGGUUAUUAGAAAGGGAACUAACAUGUUUAUUUAUGGACAAAGACUGCAUAUAUACAAUGGUUGUUAGCAUUGGAAUUUAUGAAACUGUGUAUUUAUAAUACUGUGUAUUUGCAAAUUAUUUAUUUUGUAUCAAUUUUAUAUUGAUUUAGGAAAAAAAUGUAUUUUAGUGGAUUUCUGAGUUCACUAUUAUAUCAAAAAGUCUAUAGUAAACCUAUAUUUUAUUGCACACUUAUACUUCGUCACAUCAAUAAGAACACUAGGAAUACUGUAAAUUCAGAAAUUUUGAAUUGUGACAAAAGAUGUAUCACAAAAAUGAAAAUAAGCAUUUUAAUCAUGAUAGCUUUAUUUGUGUGUAGCAUUUACUGUUUUUGGAAUAUUUGAUCCUGCAUUUUUGUUCACUCUUAAAAAAUGCAUGAAUAGAUGCUCACUAUAAUUUCAGAAUUUUCAGUAACACUGAAUCCACAGUAAAACUGUUUUAAGACCAACAUACAAUUUUGGUUGAAUUAUGUUUAUGUUUUGAGGCAAUACAAAUUUGUGUUUUGUUUUAAUUUCUACUUCUUUUUUUGUAAACAGUUAUCUUGGUACAUGUAGGUGGAAACAAAUUGUUUUUUCUCCUUUUAAAUUACAAAACUGUUUAAAAUUGAUAAUGAAAAAGACAAGUGAAGUUGAGGAUUGUGAUCCAGGAUUUUUUUUAUGCACUAUGGCACUGCUGAUUUUUAACCAGAUACCUUGCAUUGGUUGUUGUUGUUUUAUGUCUAUAAAUAUAUGUUAGCUACCGGUACAUUUUACUGCAUAAUAGCAGCUUCCUUUUGUGUUUUUAUAUCAUUCCUUAUACUGUAUUCUAAAUUUUAAUUAAUUGUCAAAAUAUGAUGAAACAUGUCAAUCGUUAACUGUUUUCCCACUGUUAUUUACUAUUAAUUUUUAUGCUAAAUUACCUCGUACACUGUAAGAUGUUUUGCAGUUCAUAAUAAAAUAAUCUGUAUUACUAUACAAACAAAGGUAUAUAUAAAAAAAAUAAUGUGAUACCGCAAACUAUUGUAAUAUAUAAAAAUAUAAUUGCAUUUAUAAAACUA